CUUAUGUGCUGUCCUCCAUCCCAGGAAGUCGUCUCCUUUGUAUGUGUGGGACUGGUUCUUCCUGCCUUAGGAUAGUGAUUUGCAUGUGUCCUCAGUGAACCGUGUCCUGGUUAUUUCAAAUAUUCUGUCCUUUUGGGGAAUCUCCACUCUUGACACAUCGGAGCUGGGGAAUUCCUCGCCGGCUGGGGACCUGACCCUGCCCUUCCUGGGUCACCUCUCCCCAGCGGCCCCUCCUCACCACCCGCUCUAUAUAAACCCCUGGACGGGGACAGAACACCAGUCCCGGCCCCUGGAUUUGCACCUAGAAUGCUGCUGUUACUGCUGCUCUCCACGGCCUUUAUCCCGUUGCAUUCCGCUCGGGUCAUCGGGGGUAAGGAGGCCUCGCUCACCUCCAGACCCUACAUGGCCCAUGUGGAAAUCGGCUCCGUGGGGAGCUGCGGGGGCAUCCUGAUCCGGGAGGACGUGGUGCUGACGGCGGCUCAUUGCAACUGCAACCUGGGCAACAUCUUUGUCUACCUGGGAGUCCAAGACUUCAUGAAACCAGGACAGAGCUGGCAACGGAUCCGGGUCCGUCGCUGGGUCCAGCACCCCGACUUCAACAGCGAGAACUAUGACAAUGACAUUAUGCUAAUGAAGAUGACACACGCUGCAGAGCUGAACGAAUGGGUCGGGACCAUCCCUCUGCCAGAGGCCGAUGUCCCUGUCACCCCAGGUGCCGAGUGCAGCGUCGCCGGGUGGGGUCGGAUGGGCGCGAACACCAGAACCGACAGGCUGCAGGAGGCGGAGCAGGAGGUGAUGUCGGACGACAUGUGCCAGGACCGGUACUGGCAUUACGACCCCUCGCGCAUGCUGUGCGCUGGCAGCCCCUACGUCAAGAAGGCAGCUUUCCAGGGCGAUUCCGGCGGGCCCCUGGUGUGUGACGGCGUGGUGCAGGGCAUCGUCUCCAAUGGAGAUCCGGACGGGCGCCCCCCCAGCAUCUACACAAGGAUCUCCAAAUUCAUCCCUUGGAUCAAUGCAACUUUGGAGAAGUUGAGUUGAAGGAGACACUUCCCGUUGAAGGGCCCAAUUCCCCAGAUGGGUCUUCAUACCUAUGGGGAACCCUGAGGGAGUUUACAUUAGAAUAUUUAUAAUAGCGUUAGAGAUGUCAUGAAUGGGUCCGUCAUGAAACACUUUUGGGGCUGGAAACGCCUUUUGAUAUUAGAAAAUUUGUUCUUUUGUAUUGUCACCCCAAACGGCUGGUCAAUAUUUGGGUCCUACCGAUGGCCCGGCUGGGAGCAGAAAUUGACAAUAAUUUUAGUAUUUCCUUUGGUGCAAUCUGGUUUAUUGACGAGGAAUAUCGGAAGAAUUCCCUAAACACAGCGGGAUUCAAACAGCCACAGAGAGGUCCCGUUUGCUGUCCCGCGCCUGACUCUGUGCCCCAAAAGCUGCCUCUGACAGCCACAAUCAUAUACUUCUGCAUUGUGUUUGCCUGGCUGUUUCCCUGCAUUUCCCUUCCUUCUGUCCUCAGGUCUCUCCGUCUGUGCUGUGACUGGCCGAUGCAAAUGCCCCACGGCCCCAGACCAAUAAUCAGUGAAUUUUUUUCUCUCCUGAGUUGAUAGAAUUCCCGUGUUUGUAUAAAAGCUUUGGACGGGGAGCCGAGUUAGCCUGCAACUGGAAAAACUUAAACCAACAAAUAGUCUAGCAGCACUUUAAAGAUGAACAAAACACGUCGAUGGGAUGUCGUGAACAUAGCCCACUUCUUCAGAUGUAGUGAAGCUUCAGAGGGGGAGCCGCGUUAGUCUGUAACUGGAGAAACUUAAAAAACAACUUACCAGCUUGUUGUAACUUGAACAAUCUAAUCCACUAUCUCUUCCUCUUUCAUUUCUCCCCUCCUUCCCUUAUUUCUUCUUGGGUCUGGACUUUUAAUACUCCAGUCAUCUGAAGAAGUGGGCGUUGCCCACGAAAACUCAUGAUCUCAUCUACAUUUUUUGUUAGUCUUUACGACUACUAGUUGUUUUUUUCAGAUUUUCACGUGUAUAGGAUAUGACAUCCGCUGAGAGGAUUCUGCAGUGGGGUAGAGUUUUCUCAGUUGAAUUCUAUAGCCCGUGGACCCAUGUGUCUCCUCUUUAUACCUGAUCCUUUCUCCAAAGGUUUUCCACCAUUAAACUCCCUACCUGGCUUAAAAACUUCCUUUCACCCAGCCAGAGAGUAGCACAGCAGCCUUGUGGCUUAGAAGGCCAACCUGCCGUCGCAAAGCACGGACAGUCAGACUUAACAGCACAUCAACACUGGGUACUCAAAUGGCCACGUGAAAAAAAACCUGUGAAAUUUCAAAACUUUGUUUCACACAUUUUGAGCUGGACCCAACUUCUACUUUUUUAAAGUUUUUUUUUUUUUUUUUUUUUUUUUACUGUUUCCUCUCCUACGCCUAUGUCUAUUUAAUUAUUUAUUAUUGUGAUUCUGACGGGAGAUUGGAAACUCCACAAAGGACGGGAACCCAGAAAGUGUGGCUGGGAGACAUGGGGACAAAAGAAAGAAGUGGGUGUUGCCAGCUAUUUGGAACAUGUCCAAAACAGAUGCUGGUUUGGAAAACCAAUGACACUUGAAAGGGCGAAUAAAAGUCCUUUGUUUUUAUGAAUAAAAACGUU